AUGGCCGACCAUGUUCACCGAGUUACCAUGUUCAAACUGCCCAAACCGGAGGAUGUCGACGCAAUGAUUGAGCAGUAUAAAAUUCUCGAGGCCACCCAGUCCAAGGACGGAAGGCCAUACUUGCAAUCGGUUGUUAUCGGCAAGCCCGAGGCCGACCCUCGCGCUCAAGGUUUCACCUUAGUUGCCAAGACUGAGUUCGCCAGCGUUGAUGAUAUGAAAUACUACGAUGAGGAGUGCCCCGCCCACAAGAAGCUCAAGGGAGUCGCCAAAAGUCUCACGAUAGAGGGUGUGGUAAGCGUCUUUUUCAAGCCCACCAUGACCAGUGGCAUCUCGCAAUAA